UUCAAACAGGAGCCAUUUUGUGACAAGAGCAGGAAAUUAUAUGACGAGAGAAACAGAGAAAAAGUACGACAGUUUUUGCUUCACUGAAUUGUCUGAAACAAUCAAUAAGUUCAUUGUGAAGUAUUUUGUAGGUGAUAUUCUAGUCAGUAAAGAGGAAGUGAACAUCAACAGCUCUUGACAGGUGUUCAGUGGACUGUUCAGAUGAUGUCAUGGACUCCACAAAGGAUCUCAGUGGACAGACAGACACAGGGAAGGUCAAGAGGAUACACAAACCCUGCCGAAGCGCUGAGGAGAAUCAGGAUGCUGAGGCCCAUUCACCAGCGAAGCGUCAGUCAGUGAGGCAGUGGGAUGUUCUCAGGAACACUGAAGGGGAGCAGAAAGUUUUCCCGCGAAGUUUCCGCCCGCUGUCUCAUGCAUAUCGAAGGCGAAGUGUCACUCAUGGAGAAUCUCCUGAACCCAGCUGUGUGUCCAUGAAGAGUGACCAGUCAAUGAAGAAUCCGCCUGAAUUCAGUUCAGGAGCCCCUUGUGCUGAUGUGAGUGUCAUUCAUGGAGAAUCUCCUGAACCCAGCUGUGUGUCCAUGAAGAGUGACCGGUCAAUGGAUCGUCCACCUGAAUUCAGUUCAGGAGCCCCUUGUGCUGAUGUGAGUGUCAUUCAUGGAGAAUCUCCUGAAACCAGCUGUGUGUCCAUGAAGAGUGACCGGUCAAUGGAUCAUCCAGUUAACUUCAGUUCAGGAGAGUCUUUGAUCAACUACAGAAACAAACAGGAUGUAUCAGAGUCCACUGUUGGGAAAGAGCCAUUGGACUCCAUUUUUGAGGAGCUUGAGCACAAAAUCAUCUCUCUGAUGAAGAAAGAACUGAAGAGUAUCAAGAGACUACUGAGCCCAGAUUCCCCAGCAUGCUCUAAGAGAGAGGAGGAGGAUGAUGAAGGUCAGAGCAGAGUCAGAGAGGGGUUUCUGAAGAUCACACUGCACGUCCUGAGGAAGAUGAAGCAGACAGACCUCGCUAACACACUUCAAACCAAACUGAUAUCUGUGCAUCAACAAAAACUCAAAACAAAACUAAAAGAGAAAUUCCAGAGAAUUACUGAAGGAAUAUCAAAUCAAAGCAACUCAACACUUGUGAAUGAGAUCUACACAGAGCUGUACAUCACAGAGGGAGGGAGUGGAGAGAUCAAUAAUGAACAUGAGGUGAGACAGAUUGAGACAGCAUCCAGGAGAGCAGAGACACAGGAAACACCAAUCAAAUGCAAUGACAUCUUUAAAGCCUUACCUGGACAAGACAAAGCCAUCAGAACUGUGCUGACUAAAGGAGUUGCUGGAAUUGGAAAAACGGUCUCUGUGCAGAAGUUCAUUGUGGACUGGGCUGAAGGACAAGCAAAUCAGGAUGUUCACUUCAUAUUUCCACUUCCUUUCAGAGAGCUCAAUCUGAUGAAGCACAAAAAUAUCAGUCUGAUGAAUCUUCUUCAUCAGUUUUUCACAGAUACAAAAGAACUGAGAUCAACAGGACUUGAUGACUACAAAGUCAUUUUAAUUUUUGAUGGUCUGGAUGAGUGUCGACUUCCUCUAGAUUUCCAGAACAAUGAUAUUUUGUGUGAUGUGACAGAAUCGGCCUCAGUGAAUGUACUGUUGACCAACCUCAUCAAGGGGAAUCUGCUUCCUUCUGCUCUGCUCUGGAUCACCUCUCGACCAGCAGCAGCCAAUCAGAUUCCUCCUGAGUGUGUUGACCAGCUCACAGAUGUACGAGGCUUCAAUGACCUUCAGAAGGAUGAGUAUUUCAGGAAGAGAAUAAAAGAUGAGCGUUUGGCCAACAGAAUCAUCACACACAUGAAAUCAUCAAGAAGCCUGUACAUCAUGUGUCACAUACCAGUCUUCUGUUGGAUUUCAGCCACUGUUCUCCAGAGACUGUUGAGUGAAGCAGAGAGUGCACAGAUCCCCAAGACUCUCACUCAAAUGUUCACACACUUCCUGAUCUUUCAGAGCAAACUGAAGAGCCAGAAGUAUGAUGGGAAAUGUGAGGUGGAUCUUCAGCAGGCUAGAAAGAGGAUUCUGUCUCUGGGAAAGCUGGCUUUUCAACAGCUGGAAAAAGGGAACCUGAUCUUCUAUGAGGAGGACCUGAGAGAGUGUGGCAUUGAUGUCAGAGAAGCAUCAGUGUACUCGGGAGUUUGUACCCAAAUCUUCAGAGAGGAGUUUGGACUGCACCUGGGGAAGGUGUUCAGCUUUGUGCAUCUGAGCAUUCAGGAGUUUCUCGCUGCUCUAUCUGCUUUUCUUUCCUUUUCUCAACAAACAUCAGGUCUCUUCAGUAAGUUUAGAACAUCUAUGACUGAUUUCCUGAAGAGUGAAGUGGACAAGGCCUUACAGAGUGAGAACGGACACCUGGACCUUUUCCUUCGAUUCCUUCUGGGUCUCUCACUGAAGUCCAAUCAGACAAUCUUACGAGACCUACUGACACAUACAGGAAGCAGCUCUGACAGCAGACAGGAAAUAGUUGAGUACAUUAAGAUGAAGAUCAGGGAAAAUCCCUCUCCAGAGAAAUCCAUCAAUCUGUUCCACUGUCUGAAUGAACUCAAUGAUCAUUCUCUAGUGCAGGAAGUACAAACAUACGUGAACAGAAGUGAUAUCAAUCGUCUCUCUGGAGUCAGUCUCUCUCCUGCUCAGUGGUCAGCUCUGGUGUUUGUGUUGCUGAACUCAGAAGAGAAGCUGGAUCAGUUUAAUCUGAGGAAAUAUGAUCCAUCACAUGAAUGUCUUCUGAGGCUGCUGCCGGUGAUCAAAGCAUCCAGAAAAGCUGAUCUGAUGGGCUGUAAUCUGACAGAGAAAAGUUGUUCAGCACUGGCCUCAGUUCUCAGCUCAAACUCCUCAAGUCUGAAAGAGCUGGACCUGAGUAACAAUGACCUGCAGGAUUCAGGAGUGAAGCUGCUCUCUGAUGCACUGAAGAGUCCUCACUGUACACUGGAGAUACUGAGAUUUGCAGCUUGUAGAUUCACUGGUCAGUGCUGUGAAAGUUUGUCUUCAGUUCUACAAUCAUCAAACUCCCUGAGAGAGCUGGACCUGAGUAACAAUGACCUGCAGGAUUCAGGAGUGAAGCUGCUCUCUGAUUCACUGAAGAGUCCUCACUGUACACUGGAGAUACUGAGAUUAUCUGGCUGUAUGGUGACAGAGGAAGUCUGUUGUUCUGUGGCAUCAGCUCUGAGUUCAAACCCAUCACACCUGAGAGAGGUGGAUCUGAGCUACAAUCAUCCAGGAGAAUCAGGAGUCAGGCUGCUCUCUGAAAGACUCAACGAUCCAAACUGCACACUGGACAGACUUAAUGUGGAUCAUGGAGGAGAGUUCAGGAUUACAGCAGGACUACACAAAUAUGUCUGUGAUCUCACACUGGAUUCAAACACAGCACACACUGAACUCAUUCUGUCUGAGGGGAACAAGAAGGUGACACAUGUGAGAAAGUGUCAGUCAUAUCCUGAUCAUCCAGAGAGAUUUGAUUGGUAUCCUCAGGUUCUGUGUAGAGAGAGUCUGAAUGGACGCUGUUACUGGGAGACUCAAUGGAGUGGAGAUGUUGUUAUAUCAGUGUCAUAUAAAGGAAUCAGCAGGAAAGGAGUGAGUGUUGACUGUGUGUUUGGAUACAAUGUAAACUCCUGGAGUCUGUGGUGCUUUAAUGACGGAUUCACUGUCUGUCACAAUAGUAACAGAACUGUCAUACAUCGAUCUUCACACGGCUGUAAGAGAGUAGGAGUGUAUGUGGACUGUCCGGCCGGCACUCUGUCCUUCUACAGCGUCUCUGACACACACACACUCACACACUUACACACACUCAUCACCACAUUCACUCAACCCCUCUAUGCUGGAUUUAGAGUUAAUUACUCUGAUUCCUCAGUGUGUCUGUGUGAAAUUGAACAUCAGAGACACACACACACACAACUGGAUGAGUGAAAUAUACUCACUGUAUCUCACAUCAACACAACUCCAAACUCUUUCUAGAAAUCAUUUCAUGAAUUAAACACUGAAUUCAAUACAGUGACAGUACUAUGUGACUCACUGUAAUGUGAUUGAAGUUAUUUACUAUCAAAUUAAAUAAUAAUAAAAAAUAAACAGUGUUGAAAUCCAA